AAGUUGGGAAAGUAGAUAAAUAAAAGGAUAUUGAGUGUCUCGUUUUCUCGAUUUUCCUUUCAAUUUCUGAGUGAGUCUGUGGUCUUCCCGGUCACCUACUUCAACGCCUAUGGGCAAUUGCUGCUCCGACGUCGCCGGCGGACAAACCGCCAUCGGCGCCACCGCCAACAGCCACCUUAAUCCGGCCAACGCUCCCAACGACGCCGUCGAUCGCUUCCUCAGGUCUCGCGGCUACCAAGGCCUCUACUCUCAGAUCGAGUUGUCGUUUUCUGCUUCUGGCUUGCGUGAUCGGGAUGUGCUCUCCAAGAGUGAUCCAAUGAUGGUUCUUUAUGCAAGAGGAAAAAAUGGAGCACUCGAGGAACUUGGCCGGACAGAAGUAAUUCUGAAUUCAUUAAAUCCUACAUGGAUUACUAAACACACUCUCAUUUAUCAUUUUGAGGUUGUUCAGGUUUUAGUGUUUCGUGUGUAUGAUGUUGAUACUCAGUUUCACAAUGUAGAUGUAAAGAUGCUUAAGCUAGAAGAACAACAAUAUCUAGGUGAGGCAACCUGUGCAUUAUCUGAGAUAAUUACAAAGCUUGAUCGAUCGGUGACAUUAGAUUUACACAGAGAAGAUUCUAUCAGAUCUACCCAGUCCCAAAACUGUGGAAAGCUCUUGGUGCAUGCUGAGGAAAGUGUUAGCUCAAAGACUACAAUAGAGAUGAUACUCAGGUGUUCAGAUUUGGAGUAUAGGGAUCUCUUCUCAAAAAGUGAUCCCUUUCUAUUGGUAUCAAAAGUUGUGGAAGGUGGUAACCAUAUUCCAAUUUGCAAAACAGAAGUUAUAAAGAAUGAUCACAACCCAAUAUGGAAGCCAGUGUUCUUAAAUAUUCAACAAGUAGGAAGCAAGGAAAGUCCUUUGAUAAUAGAGUGCUACAACUUUAAUAGCAAUGGCAAACAUGAUUUGAUGGGAAAAGUGCAGAAAUCUUUGGUGGAGUUGGAGAAGCUUUAUUCUGUUGGCCAAGGAGAAAACUUUUUUUCGUCUGCCGCUGCGGGUCAUAAUUCUCAAAACAAGAUGUUAAAGAGCCGGUUAUUUGUGGAUAAAUUUGCUGAAAGUGUCCAAUAUACUUUCUUGGAUUACUUGACUGGGGGAUAUGAGUUGAACUUUAUGGUGGCCAUUGAUUUUACAGCUUCGAAUGGAAAUCCACGCCUUCCAGAUUCUUUGCAUUAUAUUGAUCCUUCGGGACGGCCAAAUGCAUACCAGAGGGCAAUAAUAGAGGUUGGGGAGGUGUUACAGUAUUAUGAUUCAGACAAACGAUUUCCUACGUGGGGAUUUGGAGCACGACCAAUUGAUGGUCCUGUCUCCCAUUGUUUCAACUUGAAUGGAAGCAGCCAUUACUGUGAGGUGGAAGGCAUUCAAGGAAUUAUGAUGGCAUACACAAGUGCCCUGCUUAACGUUUCUCUUGCAGGACCAACUCUUUUUGGACCUGUCAUAAGCAACGCUGCACUGAUUGCCAGCCAAUCUGUAGCAAAUGGAGGAAGAAAGUACUUUGUUUUGUUAAUCAUCACGGAUGGAGUAGUGACAGAUCUCCAAGAAACCAAAGAUGCUCUCGUUAAAGCAUCUGAUCUACCGUUAUCAAUCCUUAUUGUUGGCGUAGGAGGAGCAGAUUUCAAAGAAAUGGAGGUUUUGGAUGCAGACAAAGGAGAGAGGCUUGAAAGUUCAUCUGGUCGCGUUGCUUCGCGUGAUAUAGUCCAGUUUGUUCCAUUUCGUGACGUGCAAAGUGGAGAAAUUUCAGUAGUUCAAGCACUUCUAGCUGAAUUACCUACUCAAUUUUUAACUUACACGCGGAGCAGAAAUAUCCAACCUAGUCUCUAGUCAUGUAAAGAGUGUACAUUUCAAAAUGUUCCAUUCAUUGAUAUUGUGCAAUUUUCUUGCCCCUUUCAUUUUCGAUAUCUUAAACAGAAAAGGAAAAAAAAAAAAAAAGAAAGAAAAA